AUGUCUGAAAUUCCAGCCAACGCCAACGUUUCCAUUUUCGCCAAGAACGAGCAAAAAGCUAGAGAACUCAUUAGCCAAUUGGGUCUAAAACAAGUUCCUGGCAUCUCUCGUGUCACCUUCAGAAAGAAGAACAACCAGAUCUACGCCAUUGAAAAGCCAGAGGUCUACAGAUCGCACGGUGGUAACUUCGUCGUCUUCGGCGAGGCCAAGAUCGACGACUUCCCUCAAAGAUUGGCCCAGGCUCAACAAGAAGCUCAAUUGGCCGGUGAAGGACAAGGCGAGGGUGUUGCCCCAGCUGGUGCUGACGCCAUCUCCAAGGACCCCCAAUCCAUUCAAAACGACAUGCUCGCUGCCGCCAAGGAAAACAAGUUGUCGGAAGUGAAAGAAGAAGACUCCGAAUCCGCCGACGAAAGCGGCUUGAACCAGGAUGACAUCGAAUUGGUGGUCCAGCAAGCCAACUGCUCUAGAGCCAAGGCCGUCAAGGCUUUGCGUGACAACAACUCUGACAUUGUCAAUGCCAUCAUGUCUUUGUCUUAA